AGGGCGCCGCUUGAGCGAUAUUAAUUUUUGACUUUUGACAGCACCUAGAACACAUAGGAGGCAAAGAUGGAUAGGAAAUUCGUCAACGUCAUCUUACUAGGCUUUGCCUUCAUGUUCGUCUUCACGGCUUUUCAGACGAUGGGCAAUAUUGAGAAAACUGUGCUGGACAGCAUAACGAGCGACGAUCCCUCAUUUCAAGGAGAUGGUUACACAAGUUUAGCCGUGAUCUACGCCGUCCUGGCCAUUUGCAAUUGGCUUGCUCCUUCGAUCAUCUCAGUGACAGGAUCGAAGGUUGCCAUGAUUGUUGGAGCCAUCACUUACUCACUCUUCAUUGCGUCCUUUUUGACGCCCAAAACGUGGCUCCUGUACGUCGCCUCUGUGGUCGUUGGUGCCGGUGCUGCUGUUAUCUGGACAGGCCAGGGUAGCUACCUGAUCCUCAACUCAGACUCCCAAACGAUCUCGAGGAACUCUGGAAUUUUCUGGGCCAUGCUGCAGUGCAGCAUGUUCUUUGGCAACACAUUCGUCUACUUUGUGUUCCAAGGAAAAACGCACAUCGACGAGGAGACCAGAACCCUGGUGUUUUUGGUGCUGUUAGGAGUGAGUGCAGUGGGAAUUGUCUUUCUGCUCGUCCUCCGGCCUACAAACUCGGCCAACGCUACUGAGGUCGAAGCACAAGCGCCGUUGCCAUCAGAAAACGGGCCCCUUCACGCCCUGAAAAGAGCGUUUGCUCUCUUCACUACCCAGGAGAUGCUCCUUCUGUCGUGCACUUUCUUGUACACCGGGGUUGAGCUCUCAUUCUUCAGCGGUGUGUACAGCCCCAGUAUAGGAUUCACCCAGCAGUUGGGCGAACAAGCAAAGCAGCUGGUUGGAAUGUCAGGAAUAUUCAUUGGCCUGGGUGAAGUUAUUGGCGGUGCUUUGUUCGGCAUCCUGGGCAAGAAGACAAUCAAGUGGGGAAGGGACCCUAUUGUGAUUAUGGGAUUCAUCAUCCACAUCCUCUCGUUUUUCCUCAUCUUCCUGAAUCUGCCCAACGCCGCGCCGCUUGGAAACACCAACGAUGAAGCAUUCAUUACGAGCAGCGCAUAUUUGGCGAUUCUGUGCUCGUUCCUUCUAGGUUUUGCAGACAGCUGCUACAAUACUCAAAUUUACUCCAUUAUCGGUGGAAUCUUCCCUGAAGACAGCGCUCCAGCUUUUGCACUCUUCAAAUUUACUCAAUCUCUGGCGGCGGCUGCUUGCUUUUUCUACAGCAGUCAUGUCGGCUUGCACGUGCAGUUAGCCAUCUUGGUGGUGACUGCCAUCAUUGGUACGAUUACGUUCUGCAUGGUUGAGUGGAGAUCAAAAGCCAAGCAAGAAACUGGAUACAACGGAGAAAUCGGAACCUCGUGCGCGGAGCCGUCAGGAAAACCAGAGUGAACAAGCUGUGGUCCAAUCAAGUAUUUUUACACCUUGAAUAUUUGAAUAUGCUGUGAUAAACACUAUUUCUCUGGAGUGUUAUGGUCCAAACUCUAUUGUACAAGCAGUUCCAAACAUUUUAAAUGUGAAUUUUUCAUUCUGGAAGAUUUAAAAUGUGACUCAUACGAAGUAUAUCAUCGUGCUCAAAAAUACAACUUCAAAGGUGUUCAAAGGGCUGCAAUAAUCUCUGUUAAAAGUUAAGGGAGAAAAGGUUAAGUACAGUGAACAUUCCUUCCAUGUGCAUUCGUAUCGCGUUUAUUAAUUUAAGAAUAAAAUUUAUUACAAUAAAUAA